GGCAUUCCUCUAUUGAGCUGGAAGAACAGAGUGUGUUCAAAUCUCAGAGAGGGAAGUGUGCGUGCUCCUGUCUUCAAUCCACAAAGCAGGAUCGGGUCUUCAGAUACAUGCAGAGGAGUGACAAUGAUACCUAAAAUAUGAGUUUCCAAGACGCCCGUUAAUUCUUCAUGGCAGCUGCACAGACAUACAGUCUAUCUUCUAACACUGGGAGCCACCCCGGAUUCCAAUCUUUCACCCCUGACUCGGUCUCUUAUAAAUGUGACAUGGGCAGCGUGAGCAGCCUUAUUGAGAAGCACGACUUGUCGCCUGAUGAUUUUAAGUUAGAUUUUCGACCGAUUCCAAAUUCCCACGGCCCAGGAAACUUCCUGAAAAAAGGGCUGCAGCAGCGAGAGUUUCUGAGCUACCUGCAUAUUACUAAGAAGGAUGGUAAAAGCUCAAAGAAGUUCCCCACAGGGCUGGGGUUCAGAAGGGAGCAUAGUGUGGAGGGUGGGGAGAAUGAAUUCCCAGUCUUGUACCAUAAAGAUCGCAGAGGAACAGAUUUUAGUAAGACCUCACUCCCCGAAAGAGGACACUUUGAAAAGUCUCGCUUUGGACCUUCUGCUUUAAAACCAUCAAACGGGAAGAACUUCACAUCUAUGCAAAGCUUGUGUUCAUCUGGUGGCCACAAAUUAUCCAAAAGCAAUGGCAGUCUGAACACUCUUGGUAGUGUGAGCACCCCACCUCGCCAUGGGCCUUUAAAGACAAACAACCACUAUAUAAAUUACCAUGAAAAAGAACACGAGGAAGAGGAGCAUGAUACCCUGUCUGACUCAAGACAAAACUCCAUUAACAGCUUUAACACAUACAGCCCUGCAUUCACCGUAGCUAGAGGCCAGAUAAGUGCUUCAAUGGGGCACAUCAACCACAUAGGAGGAUCCUUGGACAGAGCUUCGCGAGUGGCUAGAGAUAUGACAUCUGGUGAGAAGACCACGCUGUCAUGCAAGAGCAUGGCCACUCUAAGCAGACUACAGUGUUCAGGAGAGCCCCCACCACCCUACGAGUAUUCUCUGUCUGUUGAGGAUGUAACUCGGCAACUGGAGGAGAAACUACAUGAGAAAGGAGUAGAAUUGAGGCAACUGAGGAGAAACCCAAGUGACAAUGAUGACCCCUUUGCCCAGGUGUUUGAGGACAAGCGACGGCUUUGGAUGGAGGAGCUGGAUGAAUUGAAGCAGAUGUACAUGUCUAAGUUGCAUCAGAUCUCCCAGCAGGCCCUGCGCAGCCAGCGAGCACUACAGUUGCAGCUGUACAAAGUCCAACAGGAGAAGAAACGUCUUCAAGAGGAGCUGAAUUCACUGAGAGGGGAGUGCGAGGACCUGCGACAAAAACAGUCGCAACCAGAAAAUCUCAGCCCUAAGCUGGAGGAAUCCAAGUGGGAGAUCUCUCAGAAAGCUGGUGAGAUUUCUCUCCUCAAGCAACAACUCCGAGAUUCUCAAGCAGAAAUUAGCCAAAAGCUAGGGGAAGUUUUCUCCUUGAAAAAUCAGCUUAGAGAUGCAAAGGACUUUGCGAAAGAGAAAGAGAGGGAGACUGCGGAGCUCACCGCUAGAGUCCGUGCUUUAGAGACGCAAGGUACCAAUCUGUGCUCUGAAUCGGGCGAUGCAAGGCCCUUAAACUCGAAAGACAACACUGAGGAUGUAGAAAGGCUGAAGGCGGAAUUGAUGUUGGAGAGGCGUCAGAAUGAAUCACAAAUCCUGAACUUUGAGACUGAGAAAAAAGUUUGGAAGGCGGAAAAGGACAAAGUACUGAGGUACCAAAAGGAGAUACAGGCUAGUUACCUUGAAAUGUAUCGUCGCAAUCAGGCCCUUGAGAAGCAGGUUCAAGAGAUGAAGCCAAUUCUAGAACAGUCACAGAGCACACCUUCAAUCUGGAUGGAUGCUAUUGAAUCUUUUGAGACGACUUGAAGUCGAAGGCAUUUUACACAAGCUGCUUUUAAAACUGAGCAAAUAUUGCCAUUUGGGCACUGGACUUGGGUUUGCGACGUAAGAGCCCCAUGGGGAUAGUCUUAACUGUCUGAUCAUCUCACAAAGAAAACCACUAGGUUCCAAUGACAAGAUCUCUGUGAUGCAGGGCAGGCAACAUACAUCAACAUAAACAUGUGAUCACCGAGGUCACGUAGAAAUAACUGUUUUUUUAACUCCUAUUGUAAUGAAGAAUAGACUUGAUAUAGCAAGAAAGCCAUUUUUUUUUUUUUUUACUGUAAAAUCUAGAUGAGUUUUCUCCAUC